ACAAACCAAGUGCAGAGAAGCCUGAGAGCUUCACCUGGAAAAGUUAAAGCAGAAUAGCAAACACCAAACUCAAUGCAUGCGGACUGACUGAAAACUCUAAAGAUCUGAAAUGGCAGCAGGAGAGUUUGCAUGUUGAUUUUUGCCAGGAGAAAAAAUUUUAUGAUUACUUUAAAUGGAUUUUGUCUUUUUCUCCAUUGAGUUUCCAAAUCAACUGAGUGCAAAUAGCUCAUGAACAUCAUUUGAGCAGAAAAGGCGUUUCAUAUUCUUGUUAGAAGACACUUCAGAAGAAUGGCGCUGACUGAUGCCGAGUUUGGAAUGAAGGGCAGCAGUAUCAUCAGAGAAUGGAGUGGACAGGUCCAGCCAGCUCUGAUAGCAUCCUUCAUCAUCCUCUUCUUCCUCGAGGCCUGUUUGUGGAUCAGGAAUCUCACAUUCAAGAGGCGACUGCCCGGACCGUUCGCCUGGCCUUUGGUGGGGAAUGCCAUGCAGCUGGGACAAAUGCCACACAUUACCUUUUCCAAGUUGGCCAAGAAGUACGGCAACGUCUACCAAAUCAGACUUGGCAGCAGUGACAUCGUGGUGCUGAACGGAGACUCUGCCAUCCAGCAAGCGCUCAUUCAACACGGCAGGGAAUUCGCCGGGCGGCCAAAUUUCGCAUCUUUUCAGAUGAUUUCCGGGGGUCGCAGCAUGACGUUCAGCAACUACAGCAAACAGUGGAAAGUUCACCGGAAAGUUGCCCAGUCCACUCUGAGGGCAUUCUCGUCUGCAAACAGCCAAACCAAAAGAGAGUUUGAGCAACACGUUGUAGGAGAAGCCAUGGACCUGGUGCAGAUGUUCCUCCGGCUCAGCACAGAUGGACGAUACUUCAAUCCGUCCCAUGAAUUCACAGUCGCCGCUGCUAAUGUCAUUUGCGCGCUGUGCUUUGGGAAACGCUACGGCCAUGAUGAUCCGGAAUUCAGGACACUCUUGGGCCGAGUGGAUAAGUUUGGAGAAACCGUCGGAGCUGGUAGUUUGGUUGAUGUCAUGCCUUGGCUGCAAUCUUUCCCCAAUCCAGUAAGGAGCGUCUAUCAGAACUUUAAGAUUAUCAAUGAGGAGUUUUUUGCUUACGUGAAAGACAAAGUUGUGCAGCACCGGGACACGUACAACCCCGGCAUCACCCGUGACAUGAGCGAUGCCUUCAUUGGUGUGAUCGAGCAUGGCAAAGACAGCUCGCUGACGAAAGACUUUGUAGAAGGCACAGUCACCGAUCUCAUCGGCGCAGGACAAGACACCAUAUCUACGGCAAUGCAAUGGAUAUUUUUGCUUUUAGUCAAAUAUCCAUCAAUGCAGACCAAACUUCAAGAGCAGAUUGAUAAAGUUGUCGGGCGUGAUAGACUCCCUUCAAUAGAAGACAGAAGCAAACUGGCUUACCUGGACGCAUUCAUCUACGAAACCAUGCGCUACACCAGCUUCGUCCCGGUCACCAUUCCUCACUCCACCACUUCAGACGUGACCAUCGAAGGACUCCACAUCCCCAAAGACACUGUGGUGUUCAUCAACCAGUGGUCCGUCAACCAUGACCCUCAAAAGUGGCAAGACCCUCAUAUCUUCAACCCGUCAAGGUUCUUGGAUGAAAACGGAGCCCUGGAUAAAGACCUCACCAACAGUGUCAUGAUCUUCUCAACAGGUAAGAGAAGGUGCAUUGGUGACCAGAUUGCCAAGGUGGAGGUUUUUCUGUUCUCCGCAAUCCUGUUGCAUCAAUGCUCGUUUGAGAGCAACCCGUCUGAACAUCUCUCCAUGGGCUGCUCGUAUGGUUUAACACUGAAGCCUCUCCAUUACAUAAUCUCAGCUAAACUCAGAGGUAAACUCUUUGGCUUGGUUUCACCAGCAUGAGUAAAAAUCAUCAGUUACUCACCAUCAUGCUCAUUUUGUGACUUAAGACCAGCAAAGACUGAAAAUAAUGCAAAUGUAUUCCACAUAACCAUGAGUGUAAAGCUGCACUGAAUGCAUAUUUAAUAUUUAACAGAUAUUCAAACAUUUUAUAUGUUUACAAUGAUUGAAUCAACAGAUUUAAUCACAUCCAUAGAAUAUGUUGUCAGGUAUUUGACAAGUGAGAUAAUCUUCAAUUGACUUAAUCUAUCUUUAAAGGGAUAGUUCACCAAAAAUGACAAUUUUGCAAUCAUUUACUGACUCUCAAACCAGUGGGACUUUCUUGCCUCAGUGGAACACAAAACAUAAUGUUUGGAAGAAUGUUAGCCUCAUUCACCAUUCAAUUUCACUGUAUGAUGCAAUAAAAGUGAAUGGUGACUGAGGCUACCUUUCUGCCUAGCAUCUUAUUUGUGUUCCACAGAAGAAAGAAAGUUUAGUACGAUAUGAGGAUACGUAAAUGACCAAAUUUUCAUUUCUGGGUGAACCUUUACUUUAAAGAUUACCAGCUAUAUUUUGUUUUCUUGUGUGUAUUAAAUAACCUCCAAGCAUUUCAGCAAGACUUCAAUAUAAAAUGCUCAUGGUCAAACACUAAGCCAAUGUCACUGUAGACGCAUCAAUUACUAUUAUAUAAUAUUUGUUUGUGGAUAUUGAGUCAUGUUAAUGUGCAACAGCUGUUUGUAGAGCUGCAUGGAGUUUCUCUUUCUUUCUAUCUUUCUAGCUAUGACUCAUUUUAAUUCAGAUUUUGUAUGGCAGUGAAUUUAAUUAUGCUUGCAAUCAGCUGUAUACAGUCUGAUAAUGUACUUCAGGUAUUUUAAGUAUUAAGCAAAUAUUUAUACCUAUUACACAAUUUUUUUUUUCUCUCUCUUUAAAAAAGUAUAUUCUGUAUAAAAUUGUAUCUUAUGGGUUUUAAGGGUCACUUGAUAGUUAUUAAUUAUCGUAAAUCUAAUUUUAGCCAGUCAAUGUGCAAUAAACGCCUUGCUGUAACUAUGAAGUAUGUCAAAGGCAUCCGAGUGUGUCCUAUUGCUCAGCAUAUCACUCAUCCCUCCUCAUGUAAAAAAAAAAGCUCUUUAUAUCAUGUAGAAAACCAUCAGACUAAAUCAGAGCUAAUCCCAAAAUAUAUGUUUCUAUAUUGCAUUUCAUACAUUACGUUUACACUGAAUAUUUUACAAGCUAACUGUAAUAAAGUAUAUGUUUUCAGGAAUUUAUACAUAACAAUAGAUUUUUUUUUUUCAUGUCCAGUCAUUGGUUUAAAUUUAUGUUUUCAUUUUACUCAUGGAAAAUAAGCUACAUCUGGAAUAAAUAAAAUGCUGUUUUAAAACCA